AAUAAGGGUGACAAAUUUAAAUGUACUCUUAGAAGUUUUUUCAGUGGUGAAUGUACUAACUCAUAAAACAUUUCCUAAUUGGAGAACAGGAAUAGUUAUCUGCUUAGUCUCAUCCUGAAAAUUUGGCAAUCUGAGGAAAAGGUCUGAGCCAGCAUGAAGACAGAAUCCCCUCUGCAUUAGAGAAAAACUUUCUGCCUGACGCAGUUCAUUUCAAGAAGUGCACGAUGACAGAGCGUGGAAUUAAAUGGGCUUGUGAGUAUUGUACCUAUGAAAACUGGCCAUCUGCAAUCAAAUGUACCAUGUGUCGUGCGCAGAGACCUAGCGGAACCAUUAUCACCGAAGACCCGUUUAAAAGUGGUUCCAGUGAUAUCGGUAGAGACUGGGAUCCCACGAGCACUGAAGGAGGGAGUAGUCCUUUGAUUUGUCCGGAUUCUAGUGCAAGACCAAGGGUUAAAUCAUCCUACAGUAUGGAAAGUGCAAAUAAGUGGUCGUGUCACAUGUGCACGUACUUGAACUGGCCAAGAGCGAUAAGAUGUACUCAGUGCUUGUCUCAACGUAGGACCAGGAGUCCCACAGAGUCUCCUCAGUCUUCAGGUUCUGGUUCAAGACCAGUCCCUUUUGCUGUUGAUCCGUGUGAGGAAUAUAAUGACAGAAAUAAACUAAACACAAGGGCUCAGCACUGGACCUGUUCUGUUUGUACAUAUGAAAACUGGGCAAAGGCCAGGAAAUGUGUUGUGUGUGAUCAUCCCAGACCUAACAACAUCGAGGCAAUAGAACUGGCAGACACCGAAGAGGCUUCCUCAAUCAUCAAUGAGCAAGACAGAGCUCGAUGGAGAGGAAGCUGUAGUAGUGGUAAUAGCCAAAGAAGAUCUCCGCCUACAACCAAACGUGAAUCUGAUGUGAAAAUGGACUUCCAAAGAAUUGAAUUGGCUGGAGCUGUUGGCAGCAAGGAAGAACUUGAAGUUGACUUCAAAAAACUGAAGCAAAUAAAAAACAGAAUGAAAAAGACGGACUGGCUGUUUCUAAACGCUUGUGUUGGAGUUGUAGAAGGUGACUUGUCUGCUGUUGAAGCUUACAAGUCAUCAGGAGGGGACAUUGCCCGCCAGCUCACGGCAGAUGAGGUACGCCUGCUGAACCGCCCCUCUGCUUUUGACGUGGGGUACACGCUUGUCCACCUGGCCAUCCGCUUCCAGAGGCAGGAUAUGCUGGCCAUCCUGCUGACAGAGGUAUCCCAGCAUGCAGCCAAGUGCAUUCCUGCCAUGGUGUGUCCAGAGGUGACAGAACAAAUCCGUCGUGAAAUUGCUGCAUCUCUUCAUCAACGAAAGGGAGACUUUGCUUGCUAUUUUCUGACUGACCUUGUAACGUUUACGUUGCCUGCAGAUAUUGAAGACUUACAGCCCACAGUCCAGGAGAAGUUAUUUGAUGAAGUACUUGAUAGAGAUGUUCAGAAAGAGCUCGAGGAGGAAUCUCCCAUCAUUAACUGGUCGCUGGAGCUGGGGACGCGCUUGGACAGCAGGUUGUACGCUCUGUGGAACAGAACUGCAGGGGACUGCCUGCUGGACUCAGUGCUGCAAGCCACCUGGGGCAUUUAUGACAAGGAUUCAGUGCUGCGGAAAGCUCUUCACGACAGUUUACACGACUGCUCACAUUGGUUCUAUACACGCUGGAAAGAGUGGGAAUCGUGGUAUUCCCAAAGCUUUGGUUUACAUUUCUCAUUGAGAGAGGAACAGUGGCAGGAAGACUGGGCAUUCAUUCUCUCUCUUGCGAGCCAGCCUGGAGCGAGUUUGGAGCAGACACACAUUUUUGUACUUGCACAUAUUCUUAGAAGACCAAUUAUAGUUUAUGGAGUAAAAUACUAUAAGAGUUUCCGAGGAGAAACAUUAGGAUAUACCCGCUUUCAAGGUGUGUAUUUGCCUUUGUUAUGGGAACAGAGUUUUUGUUGGAAAAGUCCGAUUGCUCUGGGCUACACGAGGGGCCACUUCUCUGCCCUGGUUGCCAUGGAGAACGAUGGUUAUGGCAAUCGAGGUGCUGGUGCUAACUUGAACACUGACGAUGAUGUUACUGUUACUUUUCUACCCCUGGUGGACAGCGAGAGGAAACUAUUGCACAUUCACUUCCUUUCUGCUCAAGAGAUAGGUAAUGAGGAGCAGCAAGAAAAGCUGCUGCGGGAGUGGCUGGACUGCUGUGUGACAGAAGGAGGGGUGCUGGUGGCCAUGCAGAAGAGCUCCCGCCGGCGCAACCACCCGCUGGUCACCCAGAUGGUGGAGAAGUGGCUCGACCGCUACCGGCAGAUCCGGCCCUGCACGUCCCUGUCCGACGGCGAGGAAGAUGAGGAUGAUGAUGACGAAUGAUGAUCAGGAAACUCCAGAAGGUGACAACCAGUGCAGAGUGUCUGACCCGGAGUCAGCGUUGUGCUCGAGCAGUUUGUUGUGGAUCGGCUCGAUUCUAGGGGAUACGUGCUGCAAAGGACUUUUCUGAGCAGCACGGAGAGUCUAGAAGCUCAUCUGUGUGAAGAGAACAAAAUGGGCUGGACUACAGUUUGUAUAAAAAAAAAAAACAAACAAACAACAAAACAAGAAAAAGAAACAAAAAACAGCUAAUUUUAUUAUCAAGACAGAAAACCCAACAUUUUUCUUUCUGAUUGUAAAUCUGUCUAUAAAUGUACCGCAUGUGGUUGUGUAAGAGGUUGUGUAAUAGGAAAAGUAAUACCAGCAUCUUAAUUAUUGCAAAGAAAUUUUUCAAGUAAGGGCACUUAGGAAAGCACGUUAGGUUGGAUGAUCUCUCUUCCCUCUGAGAUUCUUUUGCAGUAAGAACCUGGAAUUCUCCAUCACCUUUUCAAUACUCUGACUCAUUUCCGUGGAAGGCCCUUUUAUGUGGAAGCUUCACUAGUGCCCAGGUCAGAUUGUGAGGUUGUGGUUUUUUUUUUGUUUGCACAAAAUAUCCACAGCAAGUCACAAGCAAGAAUACAUUCAUUACUAAUAGUUCAGUUACUACUGUGCCCGAGUAAUAAAAUCUAAGCUCUACGGAACAAACUGGAAGAGAAGCUUAAAUUUUUCGUUGAGUGAAAUUUGUUUCCUGAAAAAGUUUUGGUUUGUUUUCUUUUGCAUAUUUUUUCUUUUCUUCUAAUAGUUAAUAUUCCUUUUUGCAUAUGUAAAGAAUAUUUAUUCAGAGAAGUGUCCUAAAAUAUAGGGAUUUUAUUCCAGUGAGCAUACACUAAAAAAAAUGGUGUGAAAUUUGAGAACUCGGACGCGAUUGGGAAUUUCUUACUGUCAGAACUUGGUCUUGCUGUGAUACAAACUAUGGAUCAUUUUAUCCUUUAUUCUUUCAUCAACUUUACCAUUGCUGCAAAUGAAAAAACCCACAUUUUUUAAAGGGUUACUCCUCGGUCAUAAAAUCUAGUGAGAAAACACUCAGCAGUUCUAAUUAAAAAGAAGAAUCUAUGCUCCAGUUGUUUUUUUAAAAGCACUGUUCUGUAUUUCUCAGUCUGUAAAACCUGGGAAUUUCUUGCAUGUUGAUUGAUGUGGCCAUACUUAAACUGAUGUAAGUUCCUAAGAUUGUAAGUUCAGAGUAUAUUCUCCAGUAGAAGUUUUAUUAUAUUUGAUAACUUUAGCCAUGUAACCUGUAAUGGAUAAAGUUUAUCUAAAAAUCUCACUUAAACACUAAAGGUUAAUGCCAGUUUUUACAUACAUGGUGCAAUUCAGGUUGGCUUGAAAAGCACUUUGGAUGGUGUGGUGGUUGCAUAAGGAAUUUUGCAGUAGAUGAAAUUGUUUUAAUUAGAAUUUGGAAAGAAGCCCCAUAGCACAUAUUUUUAUGUAGUUCAGAGCUAUGGAAACCCUGAGGAACUUGCUGCUUUUUCUUCCAAAUGCUGCUUAGAUGGUGUUGAAAUGUGCACAACUCCUACAGAAACUUGGUGGCAACACCGAAGGUAUAGAAAUAAUGAAGUACUGUAUUAACUUAGCAAUUCUCCCAUCCCAGAGUCCAUUGAGGUUUAUUAUGAAAUGUCUCCACCUUUUUCUGGCCAUUAGAUCUCCUCUGGUUGGUGCAUGCACAUAUGUUAGGUGAAAGGAUGCAUGCUUACCUGCAAUGUACAUUUGAUUUACCUGAACUAAAGGGCAAACUGCAGAUACUAAAGAGGCUUUUCACAAGCACAUGGUCCCGUUUCAAGUUUGCUUUCUAAAUUUGUGGGUUGUUUUUUUUUCCUUUGGUCUUUUUUUUUUCUUGCAGUGACAUCCUUUUAUACCUUGUUUAGCUGCGGACUUAAAGCUUUUCUGUCAGAGGAAAUGAAUGUGGAGUAAGCUGGGAUGGGAACUUCCACAACCUGAGCUGGUCUGCACUGUGUGCUUGGUGGCAUCAUUCAGCUGUUGUGGUGUAACCCAGGAGGCUUCUGGAGGUCCCCUCAGGUCAGGACUAGAUCUGCCAGUAUUGGAAGUUCUCCUUCAGUAACCUGAUCACUGUAAAGUCAGAUCCUACUUACCCAGACCCCAAUGCACCAUUUGAAUGGACAAAAAGGAUAAGCUGCUGCCUUUGGGAGGCUGCUUCCAGGGGUGUGCAAAGAGCUCUGCAGAAUUUUAACGUGCCCCCCUUUGCUUUCUGCAGUACUGCUUGUUGAAGGAAGCAAAGCUUCCUUGUAAGGUGGGGAGAAGAACCAAUGUGGGAGUCUACCUUGAGCCAAAUUGGAUGAGCUUUCCCUCAUCUCCCAGUGCUGCAGGUGGGCAGCCUGCCUGAUGUCCCUGUCCCCAAAAGCACAUCACCACAGCAGGUGGAAUGUUACCUUGCAGCCAGCUCAGCUGUGCCCAGAAGCAUCCCCUGUGCUCCCCCAGAGCUGGUACUUCAGAGCUCCUGGCUUUCCUGAUCAUUGUUGGGUUUGUUCUGAUGUGCUGUAAAAUGGUAUGUUCAAGUCAACACACUUCAGCAGAUCUGGAAUGAGCUGUGAAGUAUCUUUUUCAAAAAAUCUCUAGUAAUCCAAACCUCAUGUACCUGUAGAUUAAAAGAGCUGCAACCCCCCCCCCCCCCGCUUUGUGCUAGCACAGUAGUCAGUGUAUGUUAAUGGUUCUCCCCUUCCAUGAUAGACUUGAAAUUUCAUUUCCAAAUACUCAGAUUGAUCUGUAAAUGCUACCUUGCAGCUUGUCAGCAAGUUCUGCUCUUUUAGCCAAGUCUUACCUCUAAAAUUGGGUUUCUCUGUUAUUUUUCCUCAUCUUAUGGCUGGCAGUAGCACAUGCUUUCCUAGCACAGAACUUGGCUUUUCAUUGCUACCUCCUUUAUGUCUGGUUGGUUGGGUUUUUUUUUUUCUGGUUUUAUUUAUGAGUUCCUCAGUGGGAAAAAAAUAUUAAUCCCUGUAUUUCUUUUGUUUUUAAUAUAUUAAAAUUUAGUAAUUCUG